UUCUCUCCCUCGUUUGCCAAAAUUAUCAUGAUGUUUCUUUUUCCAUUUGUAUUGGCAGCUUCAGCUUAUAACAAUCAUGAACACUUUUUGCAGUGCCUGACCACUCGUAUUUCCGAGUCCAACUCUACCUCACCCAUUAUCUACACUCACGAUGAUCCGUCGUACUUCACUGUAUUGAAUUCAUCCAUAAAUAAUCAGCGCUUUUCUUCUCCUUCAGUCCCAAAACCAUUUGUUAUCAUCACGCCAUUUCACGUCUCCCACGUCCAAGCCACUGUUUUCUGCUCCAGAAAACACGGCAUGCAAAUCAGAACCCGAAGUGGUGGCCAUGAUUAUGAGGGCCUUUCUUAUGUGUCCAGUGUCUCGUUUGUCAUAAUUGAUCUGAGAAACCUUAAUUUGAUCAACGUAGACGUGAAGAGUAAAUCUGCUUGGGUUCAAGCUGGAGCUACCAUUGGGGAACUUUAUUAUAGGAUUGCUGAAAAAAGUGAAAAUCUCGCCUUCCCAGCCGGUGAUUGCCCUGGUGUGGGUAUUGGUGGACAGAUCGGUGGAGGAGGCUAUGGCUAUUUGGCACGAAAAUACGGCCUCGCAGCUGAUAAUGUUCUUGACGCGGAAGUAAUCGAUGUUAAAGGAAGAAUUCUUGAUAGGAAAUCUAUGGGUGAAGAUUUGUUCUGGGCCAUACGUGGUGGCGGACCAGCAAGCUUUGGAAUCGUUCUUUCAUGGAAACUUCAACUAUUUCCUGUUCCAUCGAUAGUGACUGUGUUUGAUGUAAGUAGGAACAUGGAAGACAAUACAACAAAGAAGUUCGUUCAUCAAUGGCAACGCCGUGCUGACAAAGUUGAUGAGGAUCUAUCAAUCUAUGGCAGGUUCCAAACUGAGAGUUCUGUUGAUAAUGAAGGCAAUAAAAAAAUUGUGCUGCGUGCUUCUUUCCGCGCAACAUACCAUGGCGGUGUGGAUAAGCUCCUUCAAUUGAUGCAAAAGGAGUUUCCUGAAUUGGGUUUGCUAAGACAAGAGUGCCAUGAAAUGAAAUGGGCCGAAACCUUUCUCUUUCUCAAUUAUCUCAGAAAUGGAGAAUCCUUAGAUGUUCUACUUAAUAGGACAUCUACUAUCAAGUCGGCAUUCAAAGCAAAAUCUGACUUUGUGAAAAAACCUAUUUCAGAUGACAUAUUCGAAAAAAUGUUGGGAAAGUUGUACGAAGUGGUAGGAAGUGCUUUUAUUGAUCUAUUCCCUUUAGGAGGGAAAAUGAACGAGAUUUCGGAAUCCGCAAUCCCGUUCCCAUACCGAGCUGGAAACCUCUACAACAUUCAUUAUUUAGUUGGAUGGCAAGAAGAUGGGAAUAUUACAACGUCCAAAAAGCUUGUGGAUUGGAUAAGAAAGUUUUACAAUUACAUGACUCCUUAUGUGUCAAAAAAUCCGAGGGCUACGUAUCUCAAUUUCAGAGACCUUGACAUCGGCACUAAUAAUAAUGACGACACCACAAGUUCUUAUAAAAAUAUUGCACGGGCAAGGAUUUGGGGUACUAAGUAUUUUAAAGAUAAUUUCUAUAAAUUAGUUUACGUAAAGACUAUAAUUGAUCCAACUAAUUUCUUUAGAAAUGAACAAAGCAUCCCACCUCUUCGUAGGAAUUAA